UACAAUGUGCACUGGAAAGUGUUCAAAGUGCAUUGGGGUCAUUUUAUUCCCAUUAGCUGUAUGUGCCAUAAUCUCCAAUCUUCUCCUGUACUUCCCCAAUGGAAAUGUUAUAGAGCCCGACAAGAUAACUGAUUUGGUCUGGUUUUUCCAUGGCAUUCUUGGAGCUGGGAUACUGGUUAUUUUGCCAGCAUUUAUGAUGCUGGGUGCAGGUGGAGCUGGAUGUUGUGCUAACAGAUGUGGGAUGCUGCUCUCUGUGUUGCUGGCUGUGCUGGGAGCUGCAGGAGGGGUAUACUGUAUGGUCAUCUCAUCCUUGGGACUGAUUAGUGGGCCUCUUUGUGACACCGGUGAUGGAGUAUAUAUCUACCCUUUCCGGAAUGACACACUGACAGACAAUUAUUUGUUUAAUCAGACAACAUGGAGCAUUUGCAAAGAACCUGAAAACAUUAUUAUGUGGAAUAUUGUCUUGUUUUCUCUUCUGUUGGGGAUUGGUACAAUUGAAGCUUUUCUUUGCUUUAUUCAAGUCAUCAAUGGACUUAUUGGAUUCAUAUGUGGCACAUGCAUGAGGAAAAGAAAGACACAUAUUGCUGGAAUGUAAAUCACCUACAAAGAAUGCUAGUGACAAGCAUAGACCUGCGGGGAUUCAUGUAUAAUCAUAAUGUGUUGUGCUGUAUUUGUGGGGACAGAGGGACCCCAAGAUGUUCAGGAGUUUCAAAACAACUCCAGAACAUUUUAUAAAGAUAUCUGGAUGGGAGGGGGUGGAUUAACUAGAACUUUUGAGGUCACAGAUUCUUUUUUGUCUCCUCUAAGAACCCAGGCUAAGUCUCUGGUACUGGCAACAUGAUGCUGUCUAUUCAAGAGCGCCUGGCAUAUAUAAACAUUCAAUCACAAACAUUCUCCAAUUAAAAUUCACUGCUUACCCCGCAAGUGCUGCCCUGUGUAGCAAGCAUGUCACUUUGAAGUUCUGACCGUUGUGUAUGGAAACCUGGACUGAAUGUAAUCAUUGCUAAUAUAAAGAUUUAUCAGCUGUACUGAACUCAUCCAUGCUGGUUGGAUGUCUAAAGAUGCUCAUUAAUGCUCCCCAAACCCUGUCCUGGCCCUGUGUAAAACUGGAAUGGAUUCUCUGGCAAUGCUCUAUCUAUGUUUGCAGUGUUGUUGUAAUCGUGUCGGUCCCAGUAUAUGAGAGAGACAAGGUGGGUGAGGUAAUAUCUUUUAUUGGACCAACUUCAGUUGGUGAGGGACACAAGCUUUCGAGCGUACACAGAGCUCAUCUUCAGGUCAUGCUCUGUCUAUUUCUAUCCCUUUGGUACGUAAGCACUGGUCUUCAGUCAAUACCGGGCUCAGAAAGGAUAUUUUCAGGACCUAGCAGUAGCGAUGUUGCUUAAUUAGGGCCAAUAUUUGUAGCACUGUGGAGGCCCGGUGUAGCAGGCAGCUGGCCAGUUUCUAACCUGCUUUAACCUCUGUGGAGCCAGCCUCCACUCACACUUCUGUGGGUGCUGUAGGAGGCUGUGGUGGUCUGUAAAGUGCCAAUGCUGCACUGAAAAUCAGCACUUCAAAGGUAAUAAUGUUGCACAUUGGUAACCCUGGAGAUGCAUUUGCCCCAACAUGCAAGGCAUGUUAUGUAGUAACCAACUAGCCAAUAACUAGCCUUAUUGAACUAUAAGGAGGAAAAAAAAUUCAGACUCAUUUCCAGGGGAAUCUGAUAUGCACAUCCUAGUGUAGAACAUAUUCAUAUUCAGUAUUUAAUUUUUUUAAAUUGCACUUCUGAUCAUUCUUGUGCACGCUUUUCUGAGAAACUGAAGCUAGCCCUGAGAGGCACCAAAUGGCAUCAUUCUCAGUGCUACAGCAAGCAAUGAUCCCACAAAGUGCUGAGUGUGAGAUCAAGCCCUAAAUGCUAAAUCCAUGUGAUUGGUAAAUUCCAGAAAGUCUGUGAAUUCUUUGUCAUUUUAUUGGCCACUUCAAAGGCUAAUUCCUACAAUUGUCACUGAUUCUUCUGCUUAAGACAAAAAGUAGUAAGAUAUUUUACAUAUAUAUCAGAAGCUCUUCAAAACUGCCUAACUGUAAAGUUAGGUUACUUUGGAUCUGUUUUGCAAAAGGAGAAACCUUUGUUUCCUCUUUCAAAAAUGUUUUUUGACUACUGCAUUUGAUCACACAAAUGGACAUUUUUCCCUGUCCCCUUGGGAAUUUUCACACAGAAGUAUCCGGUCACUCAUGCUGUCACCUGAUAUAUGCAUGCAGAUCCCUCAUUCGAACAAAUAAAUGUCGGUUAUGUUCAGGCAACAGGUGUAUUUUAGGGGGUGCAGCUUAAGCACCAAUAUUUACAUUUUUGCCCAUCAUGUUUUAAAGCAUAUUCUCUUAAAUAAAAGCAAGAGAGAAAUACACAGGUUGGCCAAGGUUUUCAAAUACUAAUAAAGGAUGUGGAUGCAUCCAAAUCCCGUAAGUGGCUCCAAAAGUUCCAGCUGUUCUAUACAGUGAAGUAUGCAAGGGGCUAUGAUCAGAGAGGAGGUUUACAGUACUACUGUCCCUUUUACUGCAGCAAUCUUUUUAUUUUAAAACUGAUGAAAAGUGAAAUAAA